UGUGUGAAAACUGCCCAUGAAUUUGUAUGCAAGUUUGUGCCAAGUGAGCAUCAGUUUGACGUGGGAUGGCAUACACACAGACGCCAUCUUGAGUUGCACCUAAUACACAUACUACAAGAGGUUGGAUGAAUUGAUCUUCUUCAGACAGUAUCAAUUAUAAAAGGGACAUCUAGAUGAUCAACUUUCUUUCUGACUUCACAUUAUGAGGGUCAAAAUCGCAAGAAACCGGUAAUUGAGACAGUAUCAGUUAUAAAAGGAGCAUCUAUUAUAGACGAACAACUUUCUUUCUGACUUCACAUUACGAAGGUUAAGAUCGCACGAAACCGGUAAAUAAGGUCAAUAGUCUGGUCAGGAUGGCGGAUAACUUCAGCUCUGCAGAAGACAUCUGUGAAGGAGAGAACUGUGAGGCAAUCGCAGAUGUGACGUACUACGUGAAGGAGAAAAAGAAGCUCUGCCAUGACUGCGCCUCCAAAGGGGGAUGCAUCGGAAAAGCAAGAAAGGGUGGGCCCAAUCUGUAUUGUGUGAGGCAUGAUAAAGAUAUUGAUUUAUAUUGUAAAACACAUGAUGUAGCACUGUGUUAUUCAUGCGCACAUAUAGAUCAUCAUGAUCAGUGUUGCGUGCGACAGGAUAUCGAGGGCGCCAUCAUGGACAAUAAAGCGAGUCUAACCACUCUGAAAGAAAAGGCAAAAGACAAAUUAAAGCUUUGUCGAGUUUAUGGAGAUCAGAUUCAACAGUGUAGGAAAGACACCGACACCCAUCUACAAGCUUUGCAAGAUGAAGUUGAUUUGGUAAUCGAUGAGGCGAUCAAAACAGACAAGGACAAAGAGAAGGAGGAUGCUGCAAAAAUCAACCAGGAAAUUGAUGAGAAGAAUCAGAAACUUCAAGAGGAGAUUCAGAAGAUAAAUGAAAAGAUUCAAAAGAACGAUGAGGAGAGAGAGAAGCGACUUGAACUUAACCGUUCAAAUGCAGCGAAAAGACGAGAACCAAUCGACAAUAAACAACAUGGUCUUCAUACAGACAUUCAAAACAUCGCUGAAGAGAAAGAGAUAAAGAUUGGUGAGUUGGAGAAAUCAAUGCAAGAUGACACAAAAACCACAGAGAAUACAAUACAGACACUUGACACUCUCCCAAUCUCCCACUUGACGCUCUCCCAUUUCUUGUGAGACUUUUAAACCAGAAAUGAUCCUUGAUUAUCACAAACUUGUUUUUACCCUAUUUAUGAAUCUGGCUUACAUUAGAUUAAUAGUAUAAUUUACAUUCGUACAUAUUAAAUUUCACUAGCUAUGACUGUAUAUUAAACAUUUAUUAUAUUUUCAAUAGAAACGCCGAACAUUUGUAUACACUCAUUUAAUUUAGUGUUUUUUAAGUUUAAUAAUACCCUUUUUAAUCAAUUAAUUAUUUGAUACAACCCAAGCAUACUUUAUGGACCACUUGCCAGUCUACUUCUUAUAAUUCAGAACUUAUAGCUAUGUAAUCACUUGUGAAUUUGUAUUGAUUUUUCAUGUUUGUUCCUUUUGAUUAUACCUUUACUUGUAUAUUUAAUAGAAAACUCAUAACUCCUUUAAUUAAACUUAAUGAAAAAUAAUCAUUUUUUAUCUUUUUUACCAUCAGAUACCACUCAAGUCACUUUACACAAAGCUUUAAAUUUUGAUGAAAGUGGAUAAUAAUAUUUAUAUUUAAAUUUUAAAUUCCA